AUGGAGUUUUUCAAAAAAGCAAAGGCGGUACGUUUCCGGAGCCACCACGACAAGUACUUAUUAGCCGGCGACGAUGGAGAGUCUAUUUGGCAAGACCGUGAUGGAUACGUGAGGAACGCAAGAUGGGUGGUGGAGAUGAACGAGAGCGGAACAGCCAUACGUCUAAAGAGCUGUUAUGGAAAGUACUUAACGGCGUCAAACAUGCCUGGACUUCUGGGAAUGAAGAGCAAGAAGGUGGUGCAGACAUUGCCGAAGACGUUGGAUUCGACGGUUGAGUGGGAGCCUAUCAGAGAAGAAGGGUUCAAGGUGAAGCUGAAGAUGGCGGGUAGUCAUGACGAGUUUUUGAGAGCCAAUGGAGGUGUGCCACCAUGGCGCAACUCCAUCACGCAUGAUACUGCUCAUCGGAAGCUGGCCAAGGAAUGGGUGUUGUGGGAUUUGGACGUGGUGGAGAUUGUUAGGGCAAAGAAAACGAUGCCGGAUGGCGGUGACUUGGAGCAAUGGGAAUCUUGUUCGUCCUCAUCGGAGAAUGAUGACAUGAUAUCUUUGCCGACGAAACAAAAUUCAGACAGCAAAAACAGCGAAAGCCCGUCAGACAUGGAGGUAUUCAAGAAAGCCAAAGUGGUACGGUUUCGAAGCCACCAUGAUAAAUAUCUAAUUGCAGACGAAGAUGGAGAGACUGUAACACAAGACAGGGACGGAACAUCCACAAAUGCUAGAUGGACAGUGGAGUUUGUCAACCAUGCAGAAACUGUACGUUUCAAAAGUUGUUACGGGAAAUACCUAACGGCGUCAAACCAGCCAUUCAGACCAGGGAGAGGCUACAAAGUCUUGCAAACGCAGCCAAGGUUGAGACUGGAUUCCUCUAUGGAAUGGGAGCCUGUUAGGGAGGGAUUACAGGUCCGGCUUGUGACGCCCUACGGCCAAUUCUUGUGCGCAAAUGGGGGAGUUCCACCUUGGAGAAAUUCGAUCACGCAUGACGCUCCGGGAAAAAUUGUCAGGCAGGAUUGGAUUCUGUGGGAUGUAGAUGUGUUAAAGAAGCGUUCAGAUGAUUUUACAACAACAGAUGAUGAUGAUGAAGAAUCUUCACAAUUAGAUGAACCCAAAUCUCAAAGGGAGGACAUUAUAAUGCCUAUAGGAUCAAAAAGGGAUAGAUUUCGCGAAGAAGUGAGAGCAAAUGUUAUUCGUUUUUCUGAUAAAAUGAAGAAAGUCGGACUAAAGCACCACGCCAUGGAGUUUUUCAAAAAAGCUAGAGUGAUACGGUUGCGAAGCCACCAUGACAAAUAUCUAAUAGCAGAGGAUGAUCAAGAGUCUGUAUGCCAAGAUCGUGAUGGAACGGUGAGAAAUGCUAGAUGGACAGUGGAGAUUACCAAAAAUGGUACUUUACGUUUCAAAAGCGUUUAUGAAAAAUACUUAACAGCUUCUAAUAUGCCAUUCCGUCUAGGAUUGAGAGGCAAGAAAGUUUUACAAACCUUACCAAAGAGACUGGAUUCUUCCUUGGAAUGGGAGCCUGUAAGAGAGGGAUACCAAAUUAAGCUCAAGACACCCUAUGGUCAGUUCUUGCGUGCAAAUGGCGGCGUACCGCCUUGGAGAAACUCCAUCACGCAUGAUGUCCCUCAUAGAUCAGCAAGACAGGAUUGGAUUUUGUGGGAUAUAGAUGUUGUGGAGCUUAAACGAGACUCUCCUGAACAUCCAUCAAUGGCUGCGGCAGAGCCCGCUCCUCCUGCAAGGGCACAAUCCCCUCCUGCAAAGGCACAAUCCCCUCAUGCAGAGCUGGCUCGUGCAAGGGCACAAUCCCCUCCUUCAAAGGCACAAUCCGCUCAUGCAAAAGCACAAUCCCCUCGUGCAGCGCCACAAUCCCCUCCUGCAGUGGAAGAACCCCCUCCUCCACCACCUGAAUUACCUGAUGAAGAGAUUCCAGAAUCAAGCACUUCGACUAAAAUUGAGCUUAGGUCUCUCCAACUUGGCCAAGAAGAGUCAGGGAAGUCAUUUGAUCAUGGUUCGCCAAUGAAAAAGGAUGGAAGAAUGAUCUUCUAUCAUGUAGCAGAUGAUAUAGGAGAGGCUCCUGACGAUGGAACACAAGAUGUUUCCUUUUUAUUCAAAGGUAGUGGGGUAGAGGACUUGAAGAAAAUGCUGAAGGAAGAGACAGGGCUCGAAGAUUUUCAAGUAUGUUCACGCAAUCCACUGAAUGGCCAACUUUAUCCACUUCGCUUACAUCUUCCUCCAAACAACCAUGAUAUGCAUGUUGUGGUGGUUCCCUCCUUGACUUGAGGUUAGACACUCUCAAGGUCUUAGCAAAACCUUAUCAUUUUCUUCAACAUAAUAUCUGAUCCGAAGU